AUGGAAAUGAAACAAGAAGCUACUGAGAAAACUUGUAAAACAGAUAAUGAGACGUCUGAUGGCCCUUUGGAUUUGGAUGGCUUCAAAAUUAAAAUUAAGGAAGAACUUAAGACUGAAAGUGCAUAUGACGCGUUUGAUUAUUUAGACUCAAAUGUGUUCUCAGUAAAAGCUGAAGUAGAACAAGAUGAACAUAAAUUUACACCAUUUGAAGAAACGCAAACAACAAAUGAAGAAAAGUACAUUUUGGGAAUACAUAAACAUAGUGGAGAAGAACUUCACAAGUGUGAAACUUGUUUGAAGCAGUUUGUUACUUUAACCCUUUAA